AUGCCUCCACCUCCUACAGGGGUGGGAGGCCCCAGUGGUAGUAACACUAAUGUGAACAUUGCUGUGUAUGAUUUAACAUUUAGUGAAGAUUCUCCUCAGUGUGAAAUAAAUUCCGGCGUCAACUCGAGCGAAUACAACGCUGCGAUAACAGAGGACCUGCAUACCAUCUCAGAAAAAAAACAACAACAACAACCACGGACUGUUUGA